CAUAAUUCACAUCAAGGCAAUUCCAGGGCUUAAAAACACCAAAUUACAUAGAAUUUUUAGGCGUAACCAAAGUACGUACCAAACCAUGGCAUUGACAAGUCAAUUGAGAAACCUUCUUGCAGCUCUAGAGGCUGAGGAAGCAGCCCAAAAAUCCAAAGGUAAAGUGAACACAUACACCAACCAUGGCGAUGGGUUUCAGAACAUCACUGGCACUAAGACCAACAGUGGUGCAUAUUCUGGUGAUGGUAACACUCAUCACGCCACCAACAACUACGGUGGUGGUCCUGCUAUAAAUAAUAGUGGCAAUUUCCAGGGACAUGGCAAUGGAGGCUUUAUUGGUGGUAAUUUCGAUGCCUCAACGAGGAACUACUGAUUAAUUUAUGUAUGAUCAACUUCAUGUAUUAAAUAUCGUGUUCUGCGCUACGUAUACUAAUUAAUAAUAAAAUUAGAGCUGCAUGCUGCAGCUCUAACAGUGUGUGAUAUGAAUAAUUACUUGAGAGGGGGGAUACGACACACCUUCUUGAGUUCAUAAAUUUCAAUUCCGAUCUUUUUGGUUGUGGUGUAUUAUUAAUAACAAUUUGUUAUUAUUAAUUAUUAAGUGACUUCUAUAAUAACAAUUUGUUAACUUUACUACUUC